AUGGCUACCCUACACCGAGCUGUGACCUUGGCGGUCGUCGUGCUUCUAGCUGGAAUAGCCUCGGCUGCUUCUAUUGGUAGUCAGCAGGUCCUUCUUGGGCCAAAGAGAGUCGAGUACAUGCGUGUUAGUGACCCUGCGUAUCCCGACCAUUCCAUCUGCAUCCACCAGCAGCAUGAUGAUCUCUGUGAUGCUGGGUCGAAACAAUACACUGGCUGGUUGGACACCAACGGCAAGCAUUUCUUUUUUUGGUUCUUUGAGAGUCUCAAUGACCCUAAGCAGGAUCCCUUGAACUUGUGGAUGACUGGCGGGCCCGGCUGCAGUGGUCUUAUCGGUAUGAUGCUGGAGCUCGGGCCUUGCCUCAUCACGGACACUGCAAACUCCACGACUCGCAACCCGUACUCCUGGACGAGGAAUUCCUCCAUGAUAUUCAUCGACCAGCCCGCAGGCACCGGGUUCUCCUACGUCGACGAAGGCAUCGAACUGCCAACAGACUCCUUCGUAGCCGCAGCCGACAUGCAAAUCUUUCUGCGCAUUUUCUACUCAGCAUUCCCUCACCUGCGCUCCGUGCCGUUCCACAUCUCUGGCGAGAGCUACGGCGGGCACUACAUCCCCACCCUCGCCGCCGAGAUCGUGAGGCGCAACGCCCUCCCCGGAUUCGACUCCGACUUCAAGAUCCCGCUGACAUCCGUCAUGAUCGGCGACGGCUUCGUGUCGCCCCUCGACACCACGUACGGCUACUACGACACCCUCUGCACGACCAAGCCCGGCGUCCCUGAGCCGGUCUUCAACUCCACCCGCUGCGACCAGAUCUCCGAGGCGCUCCCGCGCUGCGUCUACCUCCACGAGGCGUGCUACGAGUACCCUGACGCCAUCCUCUGCCACGCCGCCGACUCGUUCUGCAGCAGCGAGAUCAGGGCCCUGUUCGACGACGAGACGGGCGAGGGAGGGCGCGACCCCUUCGACGUGACGCGGACCUGCGAGGUCGAGCAGCUGUGCUACACGGCGGUGCUUGACAUCGAGAAGUACAUGAACACGAACGCGGUGCGGCAGACGCUGAAGAUUCCCAAGGAGAUUGGGAACUUUACGAUUCUGAACAAUGAUAUCCACGAGGGGUUUUGGAAGGGGAAUGACUUGUUCGUGAGCACGGUGAAGGAGGUCAAGUACGUCCUUGAGGCUGGUAUUGACGUGCUGGUGUAUAAUGGGAACCUGGACCUGGCUUGCAAUACGGCAGGUAACCUACGAUGGGCCGAGAAGCUUUCCUGGACCGGGCAGGCCGAGUUUGUCUCCAAGGGCAUGCGGCCGUGGUCUGCCACGAAGGAUGGUGAGAGUGUUGUUGCCGGCAGUAUGAAGGAGGUGCGCGCCCUGGCCACGGCGGGUGCAAAGAAGAAGUCGAGGUUUGCGUUUGUGAGUGUUGAUAGGGCAGGGCAUAUGGUGCCCUUGGACCAGCCGGAGAUAGCACUCUAUCUCAUCCAGACAUGGAUGUCGGAUGGGGAGUUUUAG